AUGGCGGAAUCAUUUCCGCCCUGGGGUGGACUGCCCGGUCCAUCCCACAAAAACUCCAGGACCAUUCCCAGCUGGAUGGAUCCGGACAAUUUACACGGCCAGGUGCAAUUCCUUGUUCUCAAGCCAACCAACCAAACGAAGCUGCCCCAAAACCCAUUCGUAAUCGCCAAAUCUAUCGAUCGGAUUGCCGGCCGCAUCGAUGGAGCCAGCCCAACCGAUGGAGGAAAAUCAAUUCUCCUAGCCGUCCGAAGCCAAAAACAAAGCGAUCAGCUCCUUCAAUUGAAGGAACUGAUUGAUGGAACUCCAGUUAAUGUUGAGCUUCAUCCCACAAGAAAUACUAGUCAGUGCGUUGUUUCUUGUCGGGAAGUGGCUGAUUUAAAGGACACUGAAAUUUGCCAAGCCCUCGAGGAUCAGGACGUGGUGAAAGUUUAUCGAUUCACCAGGAAAGUUGAAGGCAAAACUCUCCCUACCAACACCAUGGUGCUCACCUUCAAGGGUACCGUUCCGCCAACCCACGUUUGGUUUGGAUACCUUCGGGUCCCAACCAGGCCCUACUACCCGCGCCCCAUGCAGUGCUUUGCUUGUGGGAGGUUUGGACAUACAAAAACCAAAUGUCCAAACAAUCCCAUCUGCCCAAACUGUGGUGAUAAUACACUCCAUCCGGAAUGUCCGAAUCCGUCCUACUGCGUCAAUUGCCAAGGAAACCACUGCACUUCCAACCGAAUCUGCCCAGCCUACCAACAUGAGCAAAACAUCGUUCGUAUCCGAGUGGAUAUGGGAAUCCCCCAUUCCGAUGCCGUUAAGGAAUACCGCUCCCGCCUCAAUUCCGCCUCCCACUCCCGAGUACAGCAAAGAUUGCUCAACCCUCUACCAUCCGCCCAAGACAACGACAAAAUCAAAGCGCUCGAAAAGAAAAUCGCCGAUUUGCUUGAGCAAAACGCCCAACUUCUCGCCAAAAUCACCGCCAUUGAAAACAGCCAAAAUGACGAUUCCGACACUACCCUCACCGACACCAAUAGCGAGGCCUCCAUGGACACAACCGACGAUUCUCCGAUUCGCAACUCUACCCCAAAGCGUGGUCGGGGCACCGAAUCACCCGGAAACAUCUCUCCUGCGAGACAAACCAAGAGCCUCAAAUCUACCAAUCAACCCGGUCCCCCCAUCUACGCCAGUCAAUCCAACAGUAAGGAAUCCAGUCGUCUCCCACCCCCUGGCAUUAAUCGGUAA